AUGGCCAUCACGACUCCUACUGUCCUACCUGUUACUGCAUCCUACGGAAUUACUGUGCUCUUGCAGAUGGAGCAUGUGUCACUCCUCGAAAUAAUUUCGCAUUUCGAAACGAAUCAGGAGCCCAUGAUUAGGAAGGCGCGGCCCUGGAUCUUCGGCCAUGUGAGAGAGCAUAUGUUGCUGGUGGUGUCGGCGAUGCGAAUUCGUGAUCGGUGCCAGCGCGAUCGUUCAUAUGAAGGCGCACACGACGUCUUGCCAUGGAACGCGACGAGAACGCACAUUUCUUCGACAGAUGUGAUCUAUCUUCCCUUUUGCACGCAGCAUGUGAGGACAUUGGGUUGGGAACACCUCGGGAAGCACGGUCGAUACGGGAGGAUGGGCGGCGGGCGUGCGGAGAGGUUCAUGGAGGUCGACGGCGAUAUGGACCAGUGGAGGAGGGUGGAUGAAGUGUGCUCGGGUGAGAUGAGUAGCGAGCUGGUGUACGAAGCAUGGGUUGGGCGACGAUGGCCGUGCGGGCGCAACGGUAGGAUUCGUGCAUCGUAUUUGACGUCGGUUGAGGCUGGUGCGGCAGCCAAAGCGGGUAUGACAAUUUGCGAUGCGCCCACUCCAGGUGGGAACAGAAGAAGACAGUGCUGGGAAAGAGGAAAGACAGCAGAGGAGGGAGAGAAAGAGGCCGCCGUCAAGGCGUUCAAAUCCACCCGCGACAACAGUGAGUGA